UCGACAGCUCUCUCCCAAAUACUAUUCCAGUUUGUUCGAAGUAAAACCCUAAGCCAAACUUGAAGAGGUUUUACUCUCACUACAUAUCACAAAAACUUCACCGGCAUCUUAUCUGGUAAUUAGUCCUAUAAAAACUUCGUCUGCUUUCUCUGUGUUUUUCGAAAGAAAAAGAGGUCAUAUAUUUAAUCAAUUCAUGUUUUCGCAUCUUUAGAUGUCUUGCAAUUGAUUGAUUCCAUUUGCUAUAUUGUUGGGUUUGCAGUUACAGAAAGUCUGUUCAUUGCAUAUUAGAUGUUUGAUUUUAUGCCUACCUGAAUUUUCAAUGUAAACUCGGUGAAGAAAAAUAUUCCGUUUGUGAUUUCGUGCCUAAAUUUCCCUGGAGCCUGUUGGGAGGCAAAAAUUUGCUCCAUGUGGGGUGCAUAUUUUGAAAACUUCAACCAAAGUUUACACGUUCUGUUGUUGUAUGGUUCUUUUGGGCCAUGAAGCAAAAGAAACUAAAAAUAAAAACACCUUACUUGUUUUGUAUGACAUCUUGUUUGAUUACAUGGCCUCACUCUCAUCCAAUAUGUGUUAUCAUUUCCUUUAGGGAUGUACAACCUAAAGGCAAAUUGUCUUUCUGUUGAGCUAAACGGAUGUAACACAAAAUAGAGUGGCAAUGAAUAUGACUAAACCUUAGUCACAAAAGGAAAAUAGUAGUAUUUUCGGAAAUGUGAUUAUCAGUUAAGAGGUAGGGAUGGAGCUCCAACAAGGUUUUCUUCUCUUAUGUUUUAUUAAUCAUACUUGUCAACCUAGUUGCUGAUUUUGGUAUUCUUUUGUUAUCCUGUAGUUAAAAUAUGCAUGAUUAGUUUUGUGCCAUUUGAACCCCGUUGCUGGUAGGCAGUUGGCUGAUUUAUUGGUGCCAUUCUGUCCUUUUUUUUGGCUGGAUUUGCAGGGAUUUUUUUUCAGAAAAAGAUUGUGUAGUUUUAGUGUUGAAGGCAAAAAAAUUCGGUUAAUUGCAACCCGAACCGAAAAACCCGAUCUUAUAAGCGGCCGGUUUGGUGGGGUUUGCACAUUUUUCGGUUCAGUUUGUGUGUGGGUUUCUUAAGGAUGAAAAAUCGAGUUACACGAAACGAAUAAGCCCUGAACCGCCCCAACCGCCCGUAUUAACACCCUCUUAAUUGAUUAUGCCUUUCUGUGCAUUUAUUACUGGUUAAGCGUGGUAUGAAUUCUGACAACCUGUUCAAUUUGUAGCAUUUGUGAGGAUGAAUUUCAAAGACAUGAAGGUUCCUAAGGUUCCUGGUGGUGGUGUCCCUUCUGCCUUGAUUAAGUUGGGGAUUGUCGCUGGGCUUGGAGUAUAUGGAGUUGCUAACAGUCUCUACAAUGUUGAAGGAGGGCAUCGUGCUAUUGUUUUUAACCGAAUUUCUGGCAUCAGAGAGAAGGUUUACCCUGAAGGCACACACUUGAUGGUCCCCUGGUUUGACAGGCCUAUCAUCUAUGAUGUUCGUGCUAAGCCUAAUCUCGUUGAGAGCACUUCUGGUAGUCGUGACCUGCAAAUGGUGAAAAUUGGUCUUCGAGUUCUUACCCGUCCAGUUCCAGAUCAAUUACCCACGAUCUAUCGGACCCUUGGUGAGAAUUAUAAUGAAAGAGUUCUACCUUCUAUCAUCCAUGAAACACUGAAAGCUGUUGUUGCUCAGUACAAUGCUAGCCAGCUCAUUACCCAGAGAGAGGCUGUGAGUAGGGAGAUAAGGAAGAUCCUGACUGAAAGGGCAUCCAACUUUAACAUUGCGUUGGAUGAUGUUUCCAUUACUAGCCUUACUUUUGGGAGAGAAUUUACAGCAGCUAUCGAAGCCAAACAAGUGGCUGCUCAAGAGGCUGAAAGGGCCAAGUUUGUUGUUGAAAAAGCUGAGCAAGACAAGAAAAGUGCAAUUAUUAGAGCUCAGGGAGAGGCUAAGAGUGCCCAGUUGAUUGGUGAAGCAAUUUCCAACAAUCCCGCCUUCAUCUCGCUGAGGAGAAUUGAAGCAUCAAGGGAAAUUUCUGCCAUUCUCUCUGGCUCUGCCAACAAGGUCUAUCUAAAUUCAGACAAUCUGUUGCUCAAUCUCCAUGAGAUGAACUUGAACCCCACUGGAAGGAAGUAAGCUCUUGAAGACAGUUGUCGAUUUUGGCAUCCCGCAAGGCUAGAAAGGGUCUACGAGGACAUAAGAUGACCUGAAACUAGAGUCAUUUUUUGUUCUGGAAUCUGGAAUGGUGCACUGGAGAGACAUUGAUUAUUGCUAACAUCUCUUGGAAAUUUUUCUGGUAUAUAUGGUUUUGGCUUCCGUCCCGAAGCGAUCGAAGUCCAACUUGCAAGCCACUGAACUUAAUAUUAAUCAUCGAAACACCAAUUUUUGGGGUUGGAAUACAUUUAAUUUUGUUGUCAUUUUUUCCACUCUGGUUGACGACCACUAUGAAGCAUUAUCGAGCAGCUUGUACAUUCCAAACUUCGACCAACGAUAGAAUAUUGUUGCUGGAUUUGAAUCCCUCGAUUGGGACUAGCUUAUAUACCAAACACCAACUGUUUAGAGCAACUACCAAAAUUAAAAAAAAAAAAAAAGAAAAAGAAAAAAAAGUCUAUUUUUUAUGUAGGAAAAUUGUAAAAUUGACAAAUAAAUUAGGGUUUACAUGGAAGGAAAAGGGGCCUGAAAAAAUAAAGUAAAAAUUGUAUAGGAAAAGUCAAUAAUUAUCAAAGAUAAAUUUUGAGCUGGUAGUAGCCAAGUUUGCCUGUAAUCUGACAUAUUACAUGUAUAUUUUAUGUUUUGUUUGUUUGGAAAUAAUAGAAUACUCAAUGUACAUCUUUCA